AUGAGCGAUCUGGCCAACUAUCGCCAAGAUCUAGCAGUCCUCGAACCUGCCGGCUCAAGGAGCAACCGAAACCAUAACCACGUCCCCUCUGCCGGCCACUCUAACCUCUCCCAAGUAGCGCCCUGGACCGCUUCCGACGAGAGGCGGCCAUCACUCGCCAGCAUCACCACGCUCAGCAGCCAGGGCUCUAAGAAUAGCUUGGCUCGAGGUGGUCUGCGAAAGCUCCAAGGCUUCUUUGGCGAGGAGUUCCUGGCUCCGAUACAAGUCUUCCUCCCGCCGUACCGCCAAAGGACGCUCGCCAAAGGUCCUUUACGAGGGUGGCUCGUCAUCUCGAGAACCACCCAAGACUGCUUCUUCUUCACGGUCCGGCCACUCCAUCGUGCAUCUCCCCAUCAUCGCCACAACAAGAGCAACGACGACCCGCGCACGCUUCGCCCCACAGCCACGAGAGAAGACUCGCUCCACGCCCCUCGAGACCGUGGCGGCUCUGCAGGCAACGUUUCCCGGUCCCGCGCGCACAGUCCAGCCCCGCCAAUCAACUAUAAGCCGGGUUCCCUCGACGGUCAGACAUCGCCUGGCCAUGCGCCUAGGCGCGGACUCCUUGGCCGUCUCCGAAGACACAGAGACAAGGACGAAGAGGGUCAGAGGCUGCGCGACCUUCCUAAAUCGACGCGCUCCCUCGCAUCCAAGCCGUCUCGUGCCUCGCUCAAUAGGACUGAUUCGCCUGGAUCGAAUUAUACUGCCGACACCUUCGAUUCCGGCGACCUUCGCCAGACCGCUCACCGGGGAGCUACGUUUAACAAUAAAUUCCCCUUCUCUUCCAAGAAGUCCAAGUACUCUCGGCCGUACGACGUGGCGGACGAGGCUAUCGGUCCCACAGACCAUUAUAGGGACGGCACUGUAUUCUAUCUAGACACGGAUUUGGGUGACAUGGACGAUAACUCGUACCACGUCACCGAGUCGGAAGAGCUGGAGGCUCCCGCCAAAGACGAGGCCGACAUGCCCUACUGCAUCCGCAUCUUCAAGGCCGACGAUACCUUUACCACCCUCUCUGUGCCUCUCUCGUCCGGUGUAUCCGACAUCAUCGAUUCGAUUGGGAAGAAGAUGGGCGUGGGCAAGGAGGGUCUGGGCAAUUUCCACAUCAUCCUACGUAAACGAGAGCUGGUGAGGAUGCUCUCCAUCAAGGAGCGGCCACUCCUGCUCCAGAAACGCCUCCUCCAGCAGUUUGGCUACGAGGAGCGUGACCGUCUAGAAGAGAUUGGUCGCGAAGAUAAUAGCUACCUGUGCCGCUUCAUGUUCCUCUCCUCCAUGGAAAAGGAAUUUAAGCCGCAGGACUUUGGCUUCGUCCGUCAGCAAAAGUUGAGCAAUGUCGAUCUUUCCGGGCGCAACCUCUUCAACAUCCCCCUCUACCCCAAAUCCGCCGAUAUCGUCUCCCUAAACCUCUCGCGAAACUUGUCACUUGACGUACCCCGCGAUUUCAUCCAGUCGUGCACGAAUCUGCGAGAUAUCAAAUUCAACAACAACGAGGCGCGGAAAUUACCUCCGAGCUUGAGCAAAGCGACGAAGCUCACCUACCUCGACGUGUCGAACAAUAAUCUUGAGCAACUCGACAAUGCUGAGCUGGACAGUCUCAACGGCCUGCUCAAGCUCAACCUCGCCAAUAAUCGGUUGAAGCGGUUACCGUCCUAUUUCGGCAUCCAUAAAUCGCUCCGCACCCUCAACAUCUCCUCCAACUUCCUCGACCUUUUCCCCGACUUUCUCUGUGACUUGGAGAGCCUGGUGGAUCUCGACUUGAGCUUCAACUCCAUCGCCCAUCUCCCGACCGACAUUGGCAAGCUCAGGAACCUUGAGCGCUUUGCUAUCACGAAUAACCGGCUCGCGAAUGCGCUCCCGGAUACCUUUAGUAACCUAAUCAGCUUGCGGGACCUCGACCUCAAGUACAAUGCUAUCACGAGCAUCGACAUCAUCUCCCAAUUACCCAAAUUGGAGACCCUCUCUGCCGAUCACAACUCAGUCUCUCGCUUCAUCGGUUCUUUCGAGAGGUUGCGCACACUCAAGCUCAACUCGAAUCCCGUGACCAAGUUUGAGAUUGUCCAGCCUUCCCUGACGCUCAAGUCCCUGAACCUAUCCAACGCGCAGCUGGCUAGUAUCGACGAAUCGUUCCACCAUAUCCUGAACCUUGAGCGGUUGGUGCUUGACAAGAACUAUUUCGUUUCUCUCCCCCGCAUAUCGAUUGGCUGUUUAACGGAACUGCGUCACCUCGACAUUCGCGGAAACAAUAUCCGCAAGCUCCCCAUGGAGAUAUGGUGGGCUAAUAAGCUCGAGGUUCUCAACGCCUCAUCUAAUGUUUUGGAUAAUUUCCCGAAGCCUGCUUCUAGGGCCCCUCGGCUACCUGGAGAGGAUGGGCCGCCAGGCACAAAUGGCAAGUAUGGCUCGUCUGGCACCUUGACCGCCAAGCCGAGCAUGGAAGACCUCAACGAUCCGUCCCGGCGGCCGAGUCAGGCCUCGAGCACUCUGCUGAGCGUAGGACCCUCCCCGGUGCCAGGCGGCCCCGACCGUAAGAAUUCCAUGGUAUCUGUGUAUGGCAAGGGCGGCCGAAAGACGUCGGUCGUAUCUCGAUCGACAUCCGCGGGCACCAUCUCGACGACGGCGCAGUCGUCAAGUGCGCGCAAGGACUCGAGUCUCUCUACGAGGCUGGCCAACACUUUUGCGGGCUCCCUGCGAGCUCUGCACUUGGCGGACAACCAGCUCGACGACGACGUCUUUGAACAGAUUGUCCUACUUCCGGAAUUGAGGGUGCUUAACCUCUCGUACAAUGAGAUUAGUGACAUGCCGCAGAGGCUGAUCAAGAGUUGGCCCCAGUUGGUGGAGCUGUACCUUUCUGGCAACGAACUGACGACAUUACCGGCGGACGAUCUCGAAGAGAACAGUCUUCUCCAGGUGCUCCACAUUAACGCGAACAAGUUCACCAACUUGCCCGCCGACAUCUCGCGGGCUAAGAAGCUUGCUGUGCUGGAUUGCGGUAGCAACUAUCUCAAAUACAACAUCUCCAAUGUGCCCUACGACUGGAACUGGAACCUUAACCCCGAACUUCGCUUCCUCAACCUGUCUGGCAACAAGCGGCUCGAGAUCAAGCAGGCCGUCAACUAUCCCGAGCAUUCUUCCAUGGAACGCGAGCAGUACGCCGAUUUUAGUCGCCUCCAGAACCUGCGCGUCCUAGGUCUCAUGGACGUGACCCUUACGCAGCCCCGUAUCCCUGAUCAGAGCGAGGACCGCCGUGUGCGCACAUCGGGCUCGAUGGCGGGCCACCUGCCGUACGGCAUGGCGGAUACCUUGGGUAAGAAUGAGCAUCUGUCGACCGUCGACUUGGUGGUACCGCGCUUCAAUUCCUCCGAGUCCGAAAUGUUGCUUGGCCUGUUCGACGGGCAGGCCAUGUCCAAUGGGGGUUCCAAGAUUGCCAAGUUCCUCCACGAAAAUUUUGGACGGGUUCUCACCGCCGAGCUGAAGCAGUUGAGGGGAUGGCUCGGGGAGACGGCGGGGAUGCCCUCCGCCCACAUUGACGAGCGCUCGCGGUCGCUAAAGACGAUGCGUGGCACCUCGCAGCCUUCGCCCCUCGUUAUGAGCACCGAAGACUUGAACUCGGGCGGGGUUGCCACAAUACUGUACCUCAACGGCAUGGAGCUGUACGUGGCCAACGUGGGCGACGCGCAGGCGAUGCUCAUCACGGAGGGCACGCACAAGAUCCUCACGCGCAAGCACGACCCCGCCGAACCCAGCGAGCGGCAGCGCAUCCGAGAGGCGGGAGGCUGGGUGUCGAGGCGUGGACUCCUCAACGAUCAGCUCGAGGUCUCGCGGGCUUUCGGCUUCGCCAACCUCAUGCCGGCGGUGCAGGCGGCGCCGCACGUUAGCCACAUUACUAUCCGGGAACAGGAUGAUAUCAUCCUGCUGGCGACGAGGGAGCUCUGGGAGUACCUGUCGCCGGGCUUGGUCGUCGACGUGACGAGGGCCGAGCGCCGCGAUCUGAUGCGGGCGGCGCAAAAGCUCCGAGACUUGGCCAUCGCCUACGGUGCGACGGGCAAGAUCAUGGUCAUGAUGAUUAGUGUGGCGGAUCUCAAGCGUCGCGUAGAGAGGUCCCGCGGCCGCCCGAGCAUGCUCUUGCCGUCGGGUCUGGUUGAGGAGUUACAAUUGCCGGCGACCAAGCGGCCGAAGAAGAAGGGCGAUGUGCUCGAUUCGACGCUGCAGAGGCUCGAGGCUGAGAUCCCCGCACCUACCGGCAACGUCUCUAUCGUGUUUACGGAUAUCAAGAACUCGACGACGCUCUGGGAAAUGCAGCUGCGUCACAUUGGUGGCUACGAGGUCAAGACGGAAGGUGACGCCUUUAUGGUGUCGUUCCCGACGGCGACGUCGGCGCUUCUCUGGUGCUUUGCCGUGCAAAUACAGCUUCUCGAGGUUAACUGGCCGGCCGAGGUGCUGGGCUCCCUUUCGGGCCAGCCCAUCUAUGACAAGGACGGGAGCCUCAUCUUCAAGGGCCUCUCGGUGCGCAUGGGUAUGCAUUACGGCGAGACGGUCAGCGAGACGGAUCCGGUUACGCGACGCAUGGAUUACUUUGGUACCAUGGUCAACAAGGCAUCGCGUAUCUCGGCGGUCGCGGACGGCGGACAGAUUACGGUGUCGUCGGACUUCAUCUCCGAGAUUCAGAGAUGCCUCGAAAACUACCAAGACACGGACCGCAACGGAUCGGCCGGCACCGACGAAGACUUUGAGGAUGAGACAUUUGCUACGGCGAUCCGCAAGGACCUCCGUGCUCUCAGCUCGCAGGGCUUCGAGGUCAAGGAGAUGGGUGAGAAGAAGCUCAAGGGCUUGAAAACCCCGAGGUCAUCUACUCGCUAUACCCGCAUGCGCUGGUGGGGCGCAUCGACUUCCACCAGAUGCACGAGCGGCAUGACACCAUGGGCUCGUACGACAAGCAGCUCUCGGCGACGGUCAUGGGCAGCACCGGCCCCUUCUCGGUCGAUCCGGAAAUGGUCGAAGCCGCCCGUCAUGGACGUGCUGGAGAAGAUGAAGCUGAGGGGAGGAGAUGUGACGGAGGGUUUCCUGAUUCACUUUUUCGAACACCAAACCUGCGUCAACACCCUUUCUGUACGCCAUCUUGCCUCGGGUAAUAGUAAGAUUGAGCAAUUAGAGGAUCUUCAAGGCCCGUUCCCGGAUAUGCUUGAUAGCCUCAAAGAGCAACUCCUGGAACUCCAACAGUACCGAGCCAUGUACGGCCCGCUCAAGGGGAAGAAGGCGGGUGUUGUUGAGGAGGUGAGCGACGAUGAAGAUGACGACGAGGAGUACAGCAGCGAUGAUGAUGAUGACAGCGGGAGCGAUACCGAGUCGGGAUAA